CGCGCUGCCAUGUCGACAGCGGCCAAGGUGCAUGCAAAGACGUUUGAGGUCGUGCCAGAUGUGGCCCGCGCCGACGCCAAGCGCCGGCAACUGGCCCGAGACGCCAAGGGCCUCGCCUGCUUGCGCUGGGCCGCUGCAAGCGUCGCCGUCCUCUUUGUCCUUGCCUACGUGCUCGUGUACUUUCUCUUGUCGCCGAUUGGCGCCGUCCGCAUCUACAAGGACACGACCGUGCGCUACGCAUCGUACGUCCACGUCCUCUCUGGGUCGGUGUGGCUCCUGCUGUCGACGCUGCAGCUCUUUCCCGGGUUUCGCACGUCGGAUCUGCGCCGCCACCGCACCAUCGGGUACGUUGCGCUCGCGGCCGCUGGCAUCGCGUUUGUUGCUGUCUGGACCAUGAUGCUCAUCGCAAAGACGUCGCUCGAAGGCGGCCUCGGCAUCCUUGUCGCCGCGGUCAUCUUUUCCCCGAUCUGGGUCUACACGCUGUACGCUGGCGUCAGCGCCAUCACGCGCGGCCAGGUCGAGCUGCACCGGUACUACAUGACGCGCGCGUACAUUUUGGCGGCGGCCAUCAUGGCCAUGCGGCCAGGCGUGGGCUUGCUCCACAGCCUCUCAUUAAUGCAAGACGUCCCACUCCUCGACCAGGUGCCCAUCAUCCUCGACAGCAUCUUCGCCGAGCACAUUCAAGACGACACGCGUCUGCGCCUCGGCGUCGUCUCGCUGGUCGUGCUCGCGUCCGGGUACAUGCUCACGGAAGCGUAUGCCAAGACGCCCGCCGCCUUUGCGUCCAUGCUGCACACGGCGUUUGAGCCAUGCACGCUCGUGGCGCGGCAGCUUGUUGCGCCCGACAUGGCGCUGCUCGUCCUCGAGUCGCCGGCCGGCUCCGUCCUCGACCGGGUCACGCCAGGGCACCACUGCGCGCUGCGAAUGGCAGGUGUGACGCGAUCGUACACGCCCGUGCCGCUGGCGCUGGUAGCAAGCGAGAUGCAUGCCCGGCAUCGCAUGGGCGUCCUUGUCAAGCGGGUUCCGAGCGGCGCGCUGAGUCCGCUGCUGCACGACGUAGCGCUGGGCACAUCCAUCAACGUACUCACGCCCAUUCCUGGUGCGUUUGAGCUCCAGCCACAGCUCCAUUCGGAGCUCGUCUUGGUCGCGGGCGGGUCGGGGCUAUCGACCAUGCUGUCGCUGUUGCCCGACGCCGUCGGCGACGUGCGCUACGAGCGCAUUUACCUUCACGUCUACACGACGUCUGGGACGCCGUUCCAGCACGAGCUCAAAGCCAUAGCGUCAGCGCAAUUGCACGUCUUUUACCACAAGGGCCGGCCGCGUGCGGAUGACUUCCACGCUGUGCGCCCGGAUGCUUCGAAGAUUGCGGUCUGCGGCCCCGUGGGGUUUAUGCAUACCGUCAUUACAAUCUUCCCGAAUGUCCCUCGCCUCCACCUCCACGCCUUUGGCCUCGACGACAUGUAAAGAGGUACCGCCGGUACUCGGAUGCGGCAUGGUGCUGGGCUGCAUGAACAGAGUUUGUUGGCAGGAGCUUUGCUUAAUGAUCAAUGACUCCGCUCAUGUUGAUACAGC